AUGCAGGAGUAUGAUCUGGUAUCCGAAGAGCAUGCAGAGAGUGCUGUCGCGGAGCCGAAGGAGACUCAGGAGAGCUAUCUCACGGCCUUGCCCCUCCCGGAGCGCAGCUCCGGGCCCGAGAACUCGUCGAAGGCCACCAGCGAUGCAGUUGCCGAGCAGUUGGCGGGCAGCCAGGACACAAAAGUCGGCAAUGCUUCGAUGACUCAGGAGGACGGUGCUGGGAGGAUACCAGGCCAGCUGCACAAAGCGGAGGACCGGAUAGAAGCCACACUACUGGGCAGUGCCUCAGGCACGGUCAGCCAUGACACCGAUGACCUCUCAAGACCACGUCAAUCUGCGCACGUGGUUGCAUCUGCUCGUGCGCUGAUGGCGGCGGAUGCACGAUCGGCUGCGCAAGCUGCUGUAGAGGCUGCUGCGUGGCAAGCCAAUCCACAGCUCAGUGGAAGCAGUGGGGUUUUCAGCAGUCCGAGGCGGCGAGCGGAGGAAUAUUUGGCUGGUCCAUCUGCAAGUCAGAGCACCUGGCGUUCGGGUUCCGAAGACGGGCGGCGUCGUUGGAAGACUUCUUCCAGCAAUUUAGUAUCUUGCUCUUCCUCGCUCCAAUCUCUCCCGUCCGUGAGCCGUACUGGGCCUGGGCCAGCUGGGGCAUCCAGGGCGUGGCACCAAGGGCUUUCAAGACGGUUGGCAGAGGUGCAAACUGCUGUUCACGACUAUCGUCAUCGACUAUUGAAGUCCCUUUGCGCCCUUUCUGAUGUCAAGUCUGCACUUCAUGAUGCUGAUGCGAGACGGCAGCAGGAUGUGAAUGGAGCGGAGCUAUUGCUGCCAGAGGUGUGGGAGAUCGGACGUGCCUUGCUAGACGGCGAUCUCGCCCUUGCAUCAUCGAUGCAGCUUAAGGCGGAGGAGGAAGCACAGCUCCAACAGGAGCUCAAAGCCAAGCUCCGUGUGAGUUCUGCGGCUUUGGAGGUCGAGGCUGUGCUGGGUGGCUGUGAUGAGCUCCGGGGUCGCAUUGAGGAGGUGCAAAGACGCCUUCGAGAGACCCGGGGCCGAGAGUCUCAAAAACUGAGCAAGGCCCAAGCGCAUGCGUUGAUCCGCUCCUUCACAGCUGUGCUACUCCCACAGUUGCCUCAGCUGAUGCAGAUCGAAGAGAACACAAGGACUGCGUCCGAAGCAGCGGCCAUUCGUUUUCUCCACGCUGCUGGGUCUGCUCAG